UUUGCAAGAAAAACAAUGCAAAAGAAGCCUACAAUAUUUUCCUGAAAAUGCAAGGGAAGAAUGAGUUUCAUUAUCGUUCUUAUGGCACCCUUAUAAAAGCAUUGUUAACACAGAAUUGUCUUGAAGAAGCCAUGGAAGUGAAACACAUUGCUGAGACCCACAUCAAGGGCUUCACACUGAACAGUGCUGCCAGCAGCCUCCUCAUCAUAUCGCAAGUUAGGCGGGAUUAUUUGAAAGAUGCUGUGGCUGUCUUAAAAGGAAUGCUUGACAGCGGCUUGUUGCCUACUAGACCAGCAGUUAUUGCGCUCACUCAGACUCUGGCAGAAAAAGGAGAUUUAAAGAACCUGCAAGCACUUAAAAACAUGCUGGAAGACAUCACAAAAUCAAUUGGUGUGUCUGCCUCACUAAUCGCUAAUGCUAUUGCAUUGGCUCAUACUAAGAAUAGUGACCUUGAUGCUGCCGUGGAAUACCUUGAGCCUCUGCUUAUCUCUGGUGCACAGAAUCCUGAUCAAGCUGUCAGAAAUAUUUCCUAUUUGUUAAGAAAGGUGUCUGAGGAAGGAUUAGAACCAGCUUUGGAAAAAUUUGGUGUGAUGGCAGAACAACUGGCCAGUCAGUUUGGAAUUUACAGACCUGUCACAGAUCUUUUCCUUCAAUAUGUCAGUGCAGACAGAGUGGAUGAUGCCAGAUCGCUGAUAGAGAGGUGUGGUGCAUUAGUUGAGGAGAAGAGAGCUUUAGUGAGUUUUAUGGCUAGAUCAGCAUCUAAACCUGGACAGGCAAAGAAGAUCGAGACGCUUCUAGAACUGAUUCCUGAGCAUCUUGAUAUGGAAAUUGCGUACCGUUACCUCAUGAGAUGUUAUGAACUGGAUGGGGAUGUUGCUUCUGUAAAGGCUGUGUAUGAGAAAAUAAAAGCGAAGAAUAUACAGCUGCCCGAGCUAUCUCUGAAAUCUUUAGCAGUUUUUCUGAAGAAAGUAGGAGAGCCUGUCCCUUUCACUGAACCCCCUUACGUACCCACUGUUGAAAAUGGAGUAGCUGAACAGAUCGUGUCUUUGGCAGUGGCAGCUCAGAGGGUUUUUAUAGAUCGAAUGCCUGAGUCAGCAGGAUCCCAGCUGCAGUUUACAGUAGCAAGGGAGGAUCGUAACAGUGAAGGUAGGAUCACGAGUGCACAUAUUGACAGAGAAAUAGACUGGAAGCGUGUUCACCAGAGUACUACCGUGUUUAUUGCUUUUCUCAAAGGUGUGAUGCUUCCGGACUCUCCAGGAACACCGUGGCAGAAGUGA